AUGGCCGACCCCUUCAAGCCAACUCUAGCCUCCCAACAAGUCGUUGAGGAUACGGCUAAAGUAAUGGACAGAACAUGGGAAACCAUUCAAGAAAAAACGUUUACGAAAUGGGUGAAUAGCAAAUUGGCUGACAAAAAAAUUGAGCCUAUCACUGACUUGACUCAGGCAAUGUCCGAUGGUGUUCGCCUCAUUCAACUUUUGGAAAUUAUUGGAGACUAUUCAUUUGGAAGAUAUAAUAGGAAUCCAAAGUUACGAAUUCAAAAAGUUGAAAACGUUAAUAAAGCUUUGGAGUUUAUUAAACGCCGAGGUGUACCUCUCACAAAUAUUGGGGCUGAAGAUAUUGUUGAUGCCAGUCUUAAACUUAUUCUUGGUAUGAUUUGGACUAUUAUAUUAAGGUUCACCAUUGCUGAUAUUAGCCAAGAAGGACUUACAGCCAAGGAAGGUCUUUUACUUUGGUGCCAAAGAAAGACUGCUCCUUAUGCUGAGGUCAAUGUUCGUGACUUUACUUAUAGCUGGCAGGAUGGCUUGGCUUUUUGUGCUUUGAUUCAUCGGCAUCGUCCUGAUCUUUUAGACUAUGAUUCCUUAAAUAAGGCAGACCGACAUACAAAUACUGCCUUGGCAUUUGAGGUUGCGGCAAAUAAACUUGGCAUAACACAAUUAUUGGACGUUGAAGACGUUUGUGAUAUCCAAAAACCUGAUGAAAGGUCUAUAAUGACUUAUGUUGCUUUAUAUUUCCAUGCUUUUUCACAUUUGGAUAAAUUUGAGACCGCAGGAAGAAGAGUUGCUAAAUUUGCGGAAGUUAUGCAAUCGGUGUGGGACAUGGAACAUGAUUAUGAGAGACGUGUCAAACAGUUAAUGCAAAAUAUUAUAAAUAGAAAGAAUGUUUGGUCCAAUUCUAAAUUUGAUGGAAAUUAUUCUGAUGCCAAACGUCAGUCUGUUGAAUUUAAUCAAUACAAAAGUAGUGAAAAACGUGUUUGGGUAUCCGAGAAAAGUGAUAUAGAUACCUUACUCGGUAAUAUUCAAACUAAACUCAAAACCUAUGAAUUACAACCAUACCAUCCGCCUACUGGACUGACACUAAGUGAUUUGGAUAAGGCUUGGCAAAGUUUGAUAGAAGCUGAAGCUAAACGAUACAAAACAAUUAAUGACAAAAUCAGAGAAAUCAAGGAAAGUUUACGCAAGACAUUUGCUCAGUCAGCGAAUGAUUUUCAGAAAAGCUUGGAUUCCAUAUCUCACUCGUUGACUGAAUUAGAUGGUAAAUUAGAUGCUCAACUUGUGAAAGUUAAAAGUCUUUCAGCCAAGUUAGGUCCUUUGGAAAAUUCUCUUAGACACAUUGAAGAACUUGAUGCACAAUGUAGAGAAGCUAAUGUUGAAGAAAACGAUUAUACAGUUUUCUCUAUUGACGAUUUAAAAUUUGAGUUGGGGCUUGUACAGCAAGCGAUCACUAAGAAAUCUUCUUUCAUUGAAAAUCAAAUGGUAGCAAGGAAUAUGACAAAUCUUACACCAGCUCAAUUAGAAGAAUUUGAAGGCACAUUCCGUCAUUUUGAUACCGAUUCGUCGAAUACAUUAAAUCCAUACGAAUUCAAGGCUGCUCUGGCUAGUUUAGGAAUAGUUUAUGAUGAUGCGGAGUUGAAUUCAGUAUUUGACCAAAUGUGUGAAGGACAAUCUGAAGCUUCUUUUGAACAGUUUAUCCGUUAUAUGGUUAAUGUUACAGAAGAUAAGACUUCCCCUGACCAACUUCGACAGUCUUUCAAAGUUGUAGCUGGAGAUAAACCCUUCGUAACAGAACUUGAUCUAAGAAGAUCAUUAUUACCAGAAAAUGUUGUAGAUUAUCUAAAAGAAGCUAUGCCACAACGGGAAAGUGGAUAUGACUAUUCUAGAUAUUUAGAUCAAGUAUUUCAGGAAUAA